AACUGUGUUUCUUAAUACCGCAUAAGGUAGCAGAUUGGAUUUCUAAUGCUAGUCUGGAAUGAAAAACAGGAUACCAAUUUUACUUUUAUUUGAGUUGUGUACACAUUUUUUUAAUUUUUUUUUUUUUGUGAGCAUAAAUGAUUAUAGGCUGCCUGGUAAUAAUGCCUAGCAGUGUUGCAAACGAAGGCUACGAGUUUCAGAGCAGCAUCACAAGCCGUAAUAUUUCAAGUGGCUCCCCGGUGGUAGUCCCAAACGAUGUCGAUGCCGUGGACAAAUCAGCAAGUCAACUUGAUCUGGUGUCGCAGUCACUUGACCAGGUUGCUGUCAGCCGUCGUACUGGCUGGAAGGUGAAGGGAUCUGUAUUGUCUCUCAACACGCAUAACCGCAUUCGCAAUAUUGUCGAGGCUCUAAAAAUUAAUCCGAAUCCACAAAAGGCCAUGAUACCGCUGUCCAUAGGUGAUCCGACUAUCUUUGGCAACCUAAAGGCUUCCGAUGAAACAAUGAAAGCAGUACUGCGAUCAGUGGAGAGUGGCAAGUUUAAUGGCUAUGCACAUACGCAAGGCCAUGAGACUUCGCGUGUGGCGGUGGCCAAAUAUAGUGCACAUCAACGCACCGAUGGGGUGAUCAAUCCGAAUGAUAUUAUACUUUGCAGCGGCUGCUCCUCGGCGUUAGAAUAUUGUAUUUUGGCGCUGGCAGAUAGCGGACAAAACGUCCUGGUUCCGCGGCCUGGAUUCUGUUUGUAUCAUACGCUUACAGAAGGCUUAGGUAUUGAGGUGCGCUACUAUGACCUGUUGCCUGAGCAACAGUGGCGUGCCGAUCUGAAGCAGUUGGAGAGUCUUAUCGAUGAGAACACAGCCGCACUGUUGAUCAACAAUCCAAGUAAUCCUUGUGGCAGCGUCUUUGAUGAAGCGCAUCUGCUGCAACUUGUGGAUAUAUGUGAGCGUCAUUACCUACCUAUUAUUGCCGACGAGAUCUAUGAGCACUUUGUAUUCCCGGGCUCUCGUCAUGUGGCGGUCAGUAGUCUGGCACGCGAGGUUCCUGUGCUCUCCUGCGGUGGGCUGACCAAACGCUUUUUAGUGCCAGGCUGGCGAAUGGGCUGGAUUAUCGUACAUGAUCAGCACAAACGUUUGGGUAGUGCAACAACGGGCUUAAAGAAUAUGAGUGGCCGGAUUCUAGGCUCUAAUUCUAUCAUUCAAGGUGCUCUACCCGAUAUACUAUCAAAGACACCGCAGAGCUACUUUGAUGGAGUAAUUGGAAUACUCUACUCAAACGCUCAAUUGGCAUAUAAUUUAUUAAAGAAAGUCAGCGGAUUGAUUCCCAUCAUGCCCAGCGGAGCUAUGUACAUGAUGAUUGGCAUUUCCAUCGAGUGUUUUCCUGAUUUCAAGGACGACACACAUUUUGUGCAGGAGCUGGUUAAUAAGCAAAGUGUCUUCUGUCUGCCCGGCAGCUGUUUUGAAUACUCGGGCUAUUUUCGUAUUGUUCUUACAGUUCCAGCUACUAUGAUUGAAGAAGCCUGUAAUCGCAUUGCCGAGUUUUGUGAGAUGUACUACAAAAAAGACACUGAGGUGCUCAUCAAGCAUAUCCUAUUGGAUGAUGAAAAUGUGUAGAGUGAUAUGUUAUAUGUAUGAUUUGGAGCUGGCACUGGGACUUUUACAGAAACUGGUCGCAUGAUGUUGUUAAAUGCUUGAGGCUAGUGGUGUCCAAAUGUAGAAUAAAGUAGUCUAUAAAAUACUAUCAAAUGUAAUAGGAAAAAGUAUUUUAUGGCCUACUUUGAACACCACUGCUUUAGGCAACAAUAACUUGAUUUUUAUAGACAAAGGCAAUAAUUAUACAACAUUACCUUACUCGUAUCACAGAAUAUUGUUAAAAAAAAAAUGGCAAAGAUCGAAGAAUGCAUGUGUAGGGAAAUCCAAAUGUCAUUUAAGAAAAAGGGAUUCUUCUAACUAAUAAAAACAACUUUUGAAGCUUACCCGCAGUUUCGUUUGUAGAACAGUAUGAUGUAAAAUGUUAAAAUUUGUUAAAUAUGAAUAAAAAUGAAGUGAUUAAUGAAGAAAACUAAAACCAAAUGUUGUAUAAUAUCCACACCACUACAGAAGUAGACGAAUUAUCGUAUCUUCCAAAAACAAAAACCUCUUUAGUGGUAAAAGUCUAGUGACGAAA